AUGGCUGAACCCAUCACAUAUGACGAGAAGAAGGAUGUUGAGGCCGGACAAGUUGUUACGGAUGUCUUGGGGAUAUCUGGAGAGGAAGGCGGCUUCAAGACGCCAGGCACAUUGCAGCGCAGGAUGAAGAACCGGCAUAUUGCGAUGAUCUCACUAGGAGGUGUCAUUGGUACUGGUCUCUUCCUGAAUGCGGCAACAGGUCUCAUGAACGGCGGCCCGCUCGGCCUGUUGCUCGCGUACCUAUUCUGCUCAACUCCCGCUUUGGGUGUCAUGCUUUGUCUCGGAGAGAUGGUCACGCUGUUCCCGAUUCAGGGUGGUCAUGUGAAGCUGGCGGAACGCUUCGUCGGUAGAAGCUGGAGCUUCGCUCUGGGUUGGCUUUACUGGUUGAACUGGAUCCUCGUCUUCCCCGCCGAGAUCAUCGCGGUCGGCGUCAUCAUCGGUUACUGGGACAAGGACACUAACUCGACAGUCUACAUCAUGGUAGCAUGGGUAGUCGUCAUGUUGCUGAAUAGCUUCGGUGCGGGAGUGUACGGCGAGAGCGAGUUCUGGUUCGCAAGCAUCAAGAUGAUUACCAUCGUUGGUAUCAUUAUCCUCGGUAUCAUCGUCGAUGCUGGUGGAGGCCCGCGGGGUGAUGCUAUCGGUUUCCGCUACUGGAACAACCCUGGCGCGUUCAACCAGUACCUCGGUAUCGAGGGAAGUCUUGGUCGCUUCCUGGGCUUUUGGUCCUGCCUCGUUCAGGCUUCUGGCGCCUUCAUCGGGUUCGAGAUUGUUGCGCUUGCUGCUGCUGAAAGCAAGAACCCACGCAGGAAUGUCCCUCGUGCGGUCAAGAAGGUGUACAUUCGCAUCUGCUUGUUCUACAUUCUCAGCAGCCUCAUCGCUGGCAUGCUCGUCUCCCAGGAUGACGAGGCUCUCAACCUCGGCGACAGCACGGCCGCUAGCUCUCCCUUCGUCAUCGCUUUCCAGCGCGCAGGCAUCAGUGUCGUUCCCUCGCUCGUCAACGCCUGCCUUGUCACCGCCGCCUGGUCUGCCGGUAACGCCGACGUCUACACAUCCUCCCGUGCACUAUACGGCCUCGCAGCAGCCGGUAACGCUCCCGCCAUUUUCCUCAAGACGACGAAGAGCGGUGUGCCGUGGGUUGCCUUGAUUCCAUCAGGGCUCGUCGGUCUACUCGGUCUUACGGCGCUUAAGUCGAGCGCCGGCACGAUCUUCAACUACUUCGUCAACUUGACCAGUACGGCGGGUUUGAUGUGUUGGUUCGCUAUUGCGGUCGUCUACGUGCGCUUCAAUGCGGGAUGGAAGGCACAGGGUCAUUCGCGCAAGGAUCUUCCGUACUACAACAGGCUAGCGCCCUUCGCUGGCUGGUACACACUCAUCGUGACGUUCGUGAUCUGCUUCUUCAGCGGGUUCAAGAACUUCAUCGGCGACAACUGGGAUGCGCCCACUUUCGUCACCAACUACCUUCCCAUGCCACUCAUCUUCAUCCUCUUCCUCGCCCACAAGUUCACCACCGGUGCUCCUGUUCUUGCUGCUGGGGACAUGGACUUCGUCACCGGCCUCGCCGAGUUUGACGCUCAGCAGAUCCGCGACGAGGAGGCGGAGAGGCUAGCGUACAGCAAGAUGGGCCGCCUUGCGAAGUUCUGGGACAGGAUCAUGUAA